AUGGAAAAGAAAAUAGAUCACAAACUUGAGCCUGAAAUCUCCCAUGACUCUCUACCCGAACAAAGGGCUCCUCCACCCAAGACAUUGACCCAGAAGCUCGAAAAUCCUCUCAAGGGCAUCCCACACGAUAAGCUUUAUGAGGAUGCAACCGCUUUUGCGCACGAGUAUGGGCUUGGGGAUGAUGCUGAAAAAAUUGCAAAGGGUGCUUUGGUUGCGCAAGAUCCAAAAAGAUUAGAGAUGCUAUCUCAGCUCACCGACGACGACAAAGAGGCUUUCCGAAGGGAGUCAACACACAAAUUACAUCAGACACGUGAGCUUUGGCUGCUAGUAGCCUGUUGCAGUGUUGGUGCUGUCGUUCAGGGCAUGGAUGAAACAGUCAUAAAUGGUGCACAACUCUUCUAUCCACAGGAUUUGAAUAUCAACCCCGAUGUCGAUGUCUGGCUGUUUGGUUUGGUUAAUUCAGCGCCAUACCUAGCAUGUGCAGUUCUUGGCUGCUGGCUUACUAGCCCUCUUAACAGAUUUUUUGGGAGACGUGGUACUAUCAUGAUCACUGCCUUCCUGUCGUUCGCAACCUGCAUUUGGUCAGCCGUUACAAAUUCCUGGCAACAUCUCUUUGUUUCCAGACUUGUGCUAGGAUUAGGUAUCGGUCCAAAGAGCGCAACAGUUCCGGUUUUUGCUGCUGAAACAACCCCAGCCAACAUUAGAGGUGCACUCGUUAUGAUGUGGCAAUUUUGGACAGCUUUCGGUAUUAUGUCUAAGAUUUCAAUCAUAGUAGGAUUUGUCGCUGAUUUAAUCUUCUACCACGUCAAAGACACAGCUAACAUCGAUGGUUUAAACUGGAGAUUAAUGCUUGGUAGCGCUGGUAUUCCAGCAUUAGUCGUUAUGGGCGUCAUACCAUUCAUCCCAGAAUCACCACGUUAUCUGAUGGGCAAAGGCAAGAAAAAUUAUCCUAAGGCUUUAAGAGCCUUGAAGCGCUUACGUCCGAGCGAUCUUCAAGCUGCGCGUGACAUCUACUACAUUCACAUCUGCAUGACCGAAGAAAUGAAAAUGAUUCAAGGGAAGUCAGCGUGGUUCAGAUUUUUAGAGCUCUUUACCAUUCCAAGAAACCGUAGAGCUACCGCAGCUUCCGCCAUCGUCAUGUUUGGUCAACAAUUCUGCGGUAUUAAUGUAUGUGCUUAUUAUAGCUCUAACAUUUUUGUUAGAGCUGGAUUCAGUGAAUUGAAUGCACUCUUAGCAUCUUGGGGAUUCGGUAUGAUCAACUUCCUCUUUGCAAUCCCGGGAUUCUUUACAAUUGACAGAUAUGGACGUCGAGCAUUGCUUUUGAUUGGUUAUCCUACCAUGUGCGCUAUGCUUUUGGUCGUCGCCUUAGGAUUCCUGGCUCCAUUCGACAAACAAAUCAUUCCAGUCGCGAUUGGAGUAUAUCUCUUUACGGUUCAGUACAGUUACACCUCAGGACCUGUUCCAUUUACAUACAGCGCUGAAGUAUUCCCGCUGUCACAUCGUAAUCUCGGGAUGAGUCUGGCGACGGCGAUUCUAUGGCUCUUCAACUUCAUCCUCUCGAUUACCUUCCCAGCGCUUCAAGAAGCAUUUACUUCUUCAGGUGCAUUUGGAUGGUACGCCGCAUGGUGCGCUGCUCUCUUCUGUCUCGCCUUUUUAUUCGUUCCUGAAACAAAGAGCUUGACGCUAGAAGAGUUGGACCAAGUCUUCAGCACCCCUACUCGCGUCCACAUCGCUUACCAAUUCAGACAGAUUCCGUGGUUCAUCAACCGGUACUUAUUCGGUCGGAAAUUACCAAAGGAGGAGCUUUACGUCUUUGAUGAGGAAGUCAAGCCAGGGGAAGGCUCAUCAGCUUAA